GGUAACCACAAUCCUGCUUCUAUGAUCAUUGUUUUCUUGCUUUUCUUACUUUUCUUAUUUUGCCCUUCAGAAAACCCUGAGCCAGGAGUCAUGACAACCAAGCCCAAGCUCUGCUACUUUCGUGGCAGGGGCAGGAUGGAGUCGAUCUGCUGGCUGCUGGCUACAGCUGGAGUGGAGUUUGAAGAAGAAUUUAUUGAAACAACAGAACAAUAUGAGAAGUUGCAGAAGGAUGGACGCCUGCUAUUUGGCCAAGUGCCUAUGGCUGAUGGAAUGGUGCUGACACAGACUAGAGCCAUCCUCAGCUACCUUGCUGCCAAGUACGACUUGUAUGGGAAGGACCCGAAGGAGACAGUCAGGAUCAACAUGUACGCUGACGGCACCCUGGACCUCAUGAUGAUGACCGCGCAGGCUGCGUUCAAACCCCCCGAGGAAAAAGAGGAGAAUCUUACUUUAAUCGUGAAGAAAGCUAAAACCCGUUACUUCCCCGCCUUUGAAAAGAUUUUGAAUGACCACGGAGAGGAUUUUCUCGUUGGCAACAAAUUCAGUUGGGCAGACAUACAACUGUUGGAAGCUAUUUUAAUGGUGGAAGAACUCGAUGCUUCUGUUCUUUCUGACUUCCCUCUACUGAAGGCAUUUAAAGCAAGAAUCAGCAACAUCCCUACAAUUAAGAAGUUUCUGCAGCCUGGGAGUCCGAGGAAGCCGCCCCCAGAUAGCCACUAUGUGGAGGUAGUCAGGGGCAUCCUGCAGUUCUGAUGAAAGUAGGUCUUACAGUGGCAGACAGCCAUGAUCCAGUCGCAGGAUCAGUACGGGCCGCUGCAAACUGAAGCAAACUAUAGAUUCUAGGAGUAGAGUGUCUGAAAAAAACAAAACCAUACUACUAGGAACAGCAAACACUGAUUAAAUGCAAUACGAAACCAU